AGUGCUGGUCGGUCGCUCGCCUCCCCGAGAGGCCGGCGGAGAACUCCAGCCUCCUUCGGCAGACCCCUUUCCCGGAGCCUUAGGUUGCUUUUGCUGGACAGACGCGCCCCAGGUUCACAGGGCCCAGGACAGGGCUCCUCGCGCCCCGCGUGUGGGGCUGGGAGGUUGCCUGCAGGAGGAAGCGCCUGAGAGGAGACAAAGUCCCUUCGCCAGCUUGCUGGUCUUGGGCAGGUCACACAUCAGCCUCAGUGUCCUCACCUGUAAAAUGGAGGAGAUAUUGGGUCAGACUGCAGGAAGGUCCUUGAGACCCUGGGCCGCACAGACGGGGCCACCAGUCUGCUUCCCCUCCCCCACUGCCAAAGUCAGAUUCCGAGGUCAUCCUAGUGUAGAUUCAGUGUAAUGAGGCUGAGAACCUGGGGGCCUGCUGCUGAUACCUUGUCCCUAACGUUUGCUGGCAGGAGUGGAGGAGGAGACAUUCACAGUGUGUUUAGGGCGAAGUUCUAUAUUGGCGAAUUGGAGAAUCCUACCCUUGUCUUAGUGGUUUUAACAGACAUGAGGCCAUGAUUCAGGAAUCGUGGAGAUCUGCGCCUGGGAUCUGGUGGAAAGAUGUCGGCCCUUACUACCCUGUUUAAGUACAUCGAUGAAAAUCAGGAUUACUACAUUAAGAAACUUGCAAAAUGGGUGGCCAUCCAGAGUGUGUCCGCGUGGCCCGAGAAGAGAGGCGAAGUCAGGAGGAUGAUGGAAGUCGCGGCUGCAGACAUCAAGCAGCUGGGCGGCUCCGUGGAACUGGUGGACAUCGGAAAACAAAAGCUCCCCGACGGCUCGGAGAUCCCCCUUCCUCCCAUCCUGCUCAGCAAGCUGGGCUCGGACCCGCGGAAGAAGACGGUGUGUGUCUACGGCCACCUGGACGUGCAGCCGGCGGCGCUGGAGGACGGCUGGGACAGCGAGCCCUUCACCCUGGUGGAGCGUGACGGCAAGCUGUAUGGGAGAGGCUCAACCGAUGACAAGGGGCCGGUGGCCGGCUGGAUGAACGCCCUGGAAGCUUACCAGAAGACAGGCCAGGAGAUUCCUGUGAACAUCCGGUUCUGCCUGGAAGGCAUGGAGGAGUCGGGCUCCGAGGGUCUGGAUGAGCUGAUCUUUGCACAGAAAGACAAGUUCUUUAAAGAUGUGGACUACAUCUGCAUUUCUGACAACUACUGGCUGGGGAAGAAGAAGCCGUGCAUCACCUACGGCCUCAGGGGCAUCUGCUACUUCUUCAUCGAGGUGGAGUGCAGCGACAAGGACCUCCACUCGGGGGUGUACGGGGGCUCGGUGCACGAGGCCAUGACCGAUCUCAUCUCGCUGAUGGGCUCCCUGGUCGACAAGAAGGGGAACAUCCUGGUCCCCGGCAUUAACGAGGCCGUGGCCGCCGUGACGGAGGAGGAGCACUCGCUCUACGACCACAUCGACUUCGACAUGGAGGAGUUCGCCAAGGACGUGGGGGCCCAGACCCUCCUGCACGGCUGCAAGAAAGACAUCCUCAUGCACCGGUGGCGCUACCCGUCCCUCUCCCUGCAUGGCAUCGAAGGCGCCUUCUCCGGGGCAGGGGCCAAGACCGUGAUUCCUAGGAAAGUGAUCGGCAAGUUCUCCAUCAGGCUCGUGCCAAACAUGACUCCCGAAGUCGUCAGUGAGCAGGUUACAAGCUACCUGACCAAGAAGUUUGCUGAACUGCACAGUCCCAACAAGUUCAAGGUGUCCAUGGGCCACGGUGGGAAGCCCUGGGUAUCCGACUUCAACCAUCCUCAUUACGUGGCUGGGAGAAGAGCCCUGAAAACAGUGUUUGGAGUUGAGCCAGACUUGACCAGGGAAGGCGGCAGCAUUCCUGUGACCCUGACCUUUCAGGAGGCCACAGGCAAGAAUGUCAUGCUGUUGCCUGUGGGGUCAGCAGACGACGGUGCUCACUCCCAGAAUGAAAAGCUCAACAGGCAUAACUACGUAGAAGGAACCAAGAUGCUGGCCGCGUACCUGUAUGAGGUGUCUCAGCUGAAGGACUGAGGCCGGUCCCCAGGGAGCGCCGCCUCCCACCGGAGCCCUGCCCUCGCCCUCUUGCGGCUUGCUCGGGAGGGCGGACGCCCCUCCCCUCCCUGCCUGUCAGGCCACGCAGACUCCGAGAGUGGGCACGAGUGUGUCCGGCUGCCCCGCGGGUGGAGCUCCCUGCACCGGCAGUUAGAAGCGGUCGGGCCUGGGGGUUGUCGGGGACCUGACAACAGCCGCGUGGCCCGGGGAGGUCACUAUGACGUGACCUCCAGAAAAUAGCCCAGGUCCAAAAGCACAAGUUCUUCUGUGGGAGGUUCUGGUUGUCAUCGAGUUGGGACGAACAGAGGACUUGACGCCUCUGUCUCGGGCGAUGCACACCUGGAAUCUUCGGGAAGGAACGAGAAGUGACCCCUGCCUGUCCAGGGUCCUGUCCUUGUCUCAGGACCUUGACCACGGCUGGCAUUUCCCCUUUUCUCUUUACUGUGCUCCCGCCACCCCCAGCCCAGCUGGAAGGUUCGCCUUGUCUCAGUCUGUGCUGCUGAAUAAAAGGUAGA